AUGGUGUCUUCUCUUCUAUUGGCUAGCUCUCUAGUCAGCCUUACUCAGGCAGUGUCUCUGCCACUGUCUACCAGGGGCACAAACUCAACGAAAGCGUUCAGUUGGGUCGACACAAAACCAACAAAAGACCUGCAAUACUACGACUGUGGCAGCGGCUUCCAAUGCGCCCGUCUCGAAGUCCCGCUUGACUGGGCAAACCCAACCAGAAACAGUACCGCUGCCAUCGGUAUUGUCAAGCUCCCGGCCGCAGUCCCGGAUGACGACCCAUCUUUCGCCGGCAGCGUCCUUAUCAACCCCGGCGGACCAAGCGGUUCCGGCACCGCUUUCGCCUACUCCUGGGGCCCCGGCUUGCAGAAGGUCAUCGGCGAGAACUACGAAGUCAUCGGCUUCGACCCACGUGGUGUCAACACGAGUACCCCACACGCCGACUGCUUCAAGGGAGACCAGUUCGCCCGGAGGCUCGCUCAGGAGCGCACUUCUAAUCUUCCACCCAUUGAUGACACCAUUGGCUAUCAUUGGGCGAGCGCCUCUGCUCAGAGUGCUCUCUGCGAGGAAAACGGUGCUGAUAGCAUCUGGGGUCACAUGAACACCGCGUCCGUUGCUCGCGACAUGGUGGAGAUUAUCGAUCGCAUUGACGACCUGCGCUGGAAGGAAUCAGGCAAAGCCAAGCCUAAGGAUGCCGAAGCAGCUCGCCUUAACUACAUUGGCAUUUCUUACGGGACGUUCUUGGGCAACACAUUUGCUUCCAUGUUCCCCGAGCGCAUUGAGAGAAUGUGGAUUGAUGCUGUCGUUGAUGGCGACGAUUGGUCCGCUGGUACUUUCCGCAAUGACGUCAACGAUGCUGAAAAGAUUGUUGACCAAUUUUACGAGCUCUGUUAUGAAUCAGGGGACGAUUGUCCUCUCCUUGAAUCAUCUGACAAGUCCGGUGCAGACAUCAAGGCUCGUGUCGCCGAUGUCCUUGACGACAUGGACACUACGCCUGUGUCCUUUUCCCACAACGACACACCGUAUGUUCUAACAUCACCAGUCAUCCGCCAAGCAAUCUUCUCCAUGUUGUACAGUCCUUUGAACUCAUUUGGGAUUCUUGCCCUCGGUCUCAGCGCUCUUAUGAACGGCAACUACUCCAUCCUCACAGUGUUCCUUCCCUCCGACUCCAUUAAGCUGGUCUGCGAUGCCUCAGAUGACAACGAGCUUCCUGAGUACAGAUGGGGCUCGGACGUCCUGGCAGGCGUUCUAUGCACCGACAUUGUUGACGACGUGGUUGAUCGCAAUAUUUCCUUCUACGAGGAGGUUGUCGACUACCUGAAGAACCAGUCCGAAACCACCGGCAGCAGCGUCUCGGGAGCAAUUCCGAUCGCCUGUGCUGGGCGCAAGAUCCGCCCUUCCUAUCCGUUCACGGGACCUUUCACGAGCCCUGCAGCAAAUGCCAACGAUACGAACGCCCCCGCUGCACCUCUCUUGAUUACAUCCAGCCGCUACGACCCCAUUACCCCUCUCAGGAACGCCUUCCAUGUGUCAGAGGGACAUCCCGGCUCCGCUGUCGUUAUCCAGGAGACUUCUGGACACGGUGCAACCUCCAACCCGAGCGAGUGUCUUGUAAAGAUAGUAAGGGACUACUUUUCCGAGGGCAAGCUUCCAGAGAACGGUACCGUCUGCGAGUCCAUAUGCCAGCCGACAAUUCCUGCCGACACGGAAAGCUGCACCUCCAUUCUCGACUCCAGAGACGUGGAGUACAUGCUUCCUGCUUUGGGAGACUUCCAUUGGUUCUAG